AUGGUCAUGGUUUUAAUGGAAGAGUUUGGCAAUCAAAUAUUUUUCUUUUUGAAUAAUUAUGAGGUUUAUCAGAAAUACAUCACGUCAUACUUUAGCAGUUCUUGUUACACAAUCCAUUUAAGACCAGGAAUAGUGUUCUACAAUAGACUUCCAUUUGGAGUUAUGAUGUGUACUGGAGGCGCGAGGGAAACUCUGGUUAAACCAGGAGAUUCUCUUCAAUUGCCCAAAUGCUACCAGACAUGCUGUUUUUGUCAUGAGGAUUUGGAGAAAACAUGGUCCUGCCGUCACGAGUCCAGUCAACCUAGUGAAUUCCAAGUAUGUUCAUUUGAUUCGCACGAUUCUUCUCAAAAAGUGACUCUUGAUUUGGGAAUGCACACCAGAAAAAAUGGAUCAUUAUCUAUGAUCUUAUAUUGUCCAUUUUGGAUGCUCAACAAAACAGGAUUGGAACUAUCUUAUAGGAAAUCACGAAAAACCGAAAGAAACGAGCUGUCUGGUUCACCUAAUAAGAAUAGCGACGAAUCCGCAAAUGUGCUGUACCAUCCUGCUGAUUACACUGGACCACUUUUGUUUUCGUUCAGACCACGUAACUUCUUCGGUAAAAAGGCGGCAGUUCGAGUUGGUACAGGAAAAUGGUCUGAAAAGUUUUCCUUGGAGGUUGCUGGAUCUUCUGGUGUUGUGUCUUGUCAUUCGGACGAUGGACGAGUUUACCAGAUUGGGGUAACAAAUCAAUUGACUUACAAUAGUUUGACCAAGCAAGUUACAUUUAGUCCGUACUACGUCUUAAUUAAUGAGUCCAGAAUUUUGAUGCAAUGUCAAGAAGCUGAUCGACCUGGCGAUUCUUGGAUACAGGUAAAUGCAGGAGAAUGCCAACCAUUCUGGCCCCGAUCUGAACGUGAAGAUAAGCUGCUUUGGAUCAGGUGCGGUACUGAUCCUGAAGUAACAGCACCAUUUAUCUGCAACAAUGUGCAAACAACUUUACUGAAGUUGAACAACAAAUAUGGCGGUGUUCAAAUUGAAAUACAAGUGACAGAAGGCUCAGUGUACAUAACCAUGAUGACCUACGCUCCAGGCAUGGCACCAGCUUUAAUAGUGAAUAAUACUGAUGUUGAGCUCAGCUUUUGGGAGAAAGAAUCGAUUAAUGUCAGACAACUGCCAGCAAAACAUCGAAUGUUCUAUACUUGGGAAAAUCCAGCUGGUCCAAGAAAACUUCUAUUUGAUACUGGCAAGAAAAAUGAUGCUAUUGAACAUGAGCUCAUUAAAGAUGACACUGGAUCAUUUACGUUGCCGGACAAUUCGGAAGUCUUUUUCGCGACCUUCCUAUCAGGAAUGCAGCGUACAGUGUUAUUUUCAAGAGAUCUAACAGAAACCAAAACUGGUUUAGAUGCUCAUGGUUUGGAAGCUAGGAUGGACCAAGAAAUAGAACUAGAAGCUCAUGGAGUUGGUUUAUCUUUAGUCGAUGAUUCACCUACUAAGAUGAGGGAAAUUUGUUAUAUUGGAAUUGCCAGUUCUGGUGUCAUUUGGGAGGCCCGCAAAUUAUCAUCUAAGCGGUAUAAGCAGCUUUCUAUAGGAGAAUGUGAAAGAAUUGAAGCAGCUUACCAGAAAUAUCAAAAUGAGUUGCAAAUGUAUGGCUCCAGCCCAAAUCCUAAAGUUUACAUUGAUGAUAAAACUGAGAUUGAUUUCAAAGAAAUGAUAGCCAAAGGUCCUCAUUCACCACGACGAUUAAGGCGCACGUAUCGCGCUGGUGCCUGGUUAUGCAUCGGAACUUCAGCUCAUUUGACACACCUUCAUGCUCGUCUGCACCGGUUACAGGCUGAUUGUCAACUACCAGAUGCAGCGUUCCCUGUUGUAUUAGCUCCUGUUGCGCCUCCUAAGAGUUUAGCCGAUAUUGUGCUGAAACCAUUUGCUGAAUUAAGUGUUGUGCAAAGAAACCUAGAACACAGUUCUGUAACACAAUUUAAAUAUUGUCGUCUGUUGGUACAAGAGUUUCAUGUAAAAUUGGACUUAGGUUUUGUCAAUGCUAUUGUAGACAUGUUUCAACCUGAUGAAAUUUCAGAUAAAGAAGCUGCAUCACUAUUUUCCAAAGAUCUUUCUCUAGUGGAACAAUCCCUAAAAUCCUUAGUGGCCAGCCAGUCAUUACAAGAACAAAAAAGUUUUUAUGAUUGUCUGCAUUUCUCACCAUUGAAGAUCCAUGUAAGUUUCUCAAUGUCUGGAAGUGGCAGUAAUAGCAGUGGAGGUGGAGGUGGAGGAUUACCUGAUUUCUUAAGCGUUCUUUUGCAAGGAGUUGGAGUCACUUUGACCGAUAUGCAUGAUGUUGUAUUUAGAUUAUCGUACUUUGAGAGAAAUUAUUGUUUCUUAUCUCAAAAGCAGUUGGUUUCGGAGGCAACAAAACAUUACACAGGUCAAGCUGUUAAACAGUUGUAUGUGCUUGUGUUAGGUCUUGAUGUAAUUGGUAAUCCAUUUGGAUUAGUAGUUGGCAUCAGCAAAGGAGUAGAAGAUCUGUUUUAUGAACCAUUCCAGGGAGCUAUACAAGGACCAGGCGAAUUUGCAGAAGGUCUGGUUCUUGGUAUGAGGAGUUUAUUCGGCCACACAGUUGGAGGUGCUGCAGGCGCUUUCUCUCGCAUCACAGGUGCCAUGGGUAAAGGAUUGGCAACUUUAACAUUUGAUAAAGAAUUCCAACGAAAACGCAUGGACCAAAUAAAUAAGAAACCAGCGAAUUUACAAGAAGGAUUAGCCAGGAGUGGCAAAGGAUUAGUAAUGGGUGUUUUCGAUGGUGUGACCGGAGUUGUAACACAACCAUUACAAGGUGCACGUUCAGAAGGAGUUGAAGGAUUCUUCCGCGGAUUAGGACGUGGUGCUGCUGGUUUAGUUGCGCGGCCUACAGCUGGUAUCGUUGAUUUUGCUAGUGGCUCCUUUGAUGCAGUCAAACGUGCUACAGAUAUAUCAGACGAAGUGUCCAGACUCCGUCCUCCGCGUUUGUUACCUUCCACCACUGGUGGAGGUGGAUCAGUAACGGCUUACAAUAGACAUGAGGCUGAUGGUGCUAAGUUGUUGUCUGAUUUAGAAAAAGGACGUUACACCGCCACAGAUCGUUAUAGGUAUCAUUUGGAGGUCACCAGCAAGGAUACUCUGCUGCUCACUGAUAAAAGAGUUGUUUAUGCUGUUAAGAAUGAACUGUUUGGAGGAUGGCAGGUGGAAUGGUCUUACACCUGGCACGAGAUCAAAACACCUGUAACUGUGGUUCCUCGGGGUGUUCUUUUGUCUAUGUCUGAACCCAAAAAGAAAGUCCUGGGCAUGUUUGGUAAUAAAGAUUCUGGUAAAUUGAUUUUAGUCACUCAACAAGAACUAAAGGAGGAUCUGGUUCGUAAAAUGGAAGCACUCAGGAAAAAUGUUUAAAAAACUAUUCACGCACAAAUUGCAAUGAGUUCUGUGCCAAAUCGUCAAAGGCAUAAAAUUUGAAUUUUGCGCAGCAACAUUUCGUGCGAACAACCAACAGAGCCAAAGAUUUGAUAAAAGUGUAUAUUUUUAACUCCAAAAUGCAAAAUACACAAUCUCGAAUACCUUUCCAACAUUUAAUUUGAUACUAAUUUUUAAAAUUACUUUUGGAAACUGUUAGAUUUUUCUAAGAAUUUAGAAACUUUAAGAUUAGAUUAAGACUCAUACGGCUUGUGCACUUACUUAAAUCUCUUUAUUGUUGUAUUUAUUAAUGAUUAUAUGUGAAUGUGAAAUUUUUAUAGACAUAUCUCUUUGCAA